AUGCACGCAUCAGUUCGCCGUCUGCCGUCGUGUGGUACGGAGCUUCGCUUAUCAGGAUUACCAUCCUACUGUGUCUGGUGGCUCCAUCAAGGGACCUGGAGUGAAAAUGAUGCGUCGAGUGCUUAUCCUGCUGUUGGUGUUGGCUGCUGUUCACGCUGAAGCCAAAGCUGAAGCCAAGGCAGAAGCCAACCCCGAACCUAAAGCUGAGCCCAAACCUGAACCAAAAGCUGAGCCAAAUCCUGAACCAAAACCAGAAGCCAAAGCAGAAGCUAAAGCAGAUGCAGACCCCGACUACGGCCCCCCUCCAACAUACGGUCCUCCUGCUCCAAGCUAUGGCGCUCCACCAGCGCCUUCUUAUGGAGCGCCUCCAGUCCCUUCGUACGGACCUCCUCCAGUGCCAAAGAAUACCUGCCCAAAGAAAUGCUACGACAAAAUCUUUUACACAACCCUCACCAAAACUGCCAUGGAGCAUCACACACACUGGAACACAUACGACCAGCUGGUGCCGUACACUCUGUACAAGUACGUGACUGAGACGCUGUACUACCCCACUACAGUCGUGCAGUACGAGUUCAUCACUCAGCCGCUGCCUGAUCAAGUCAUCUACGAGACCAAAGUGGCCUACAAUACCGCCAAAAUCAACAAGAUCCAAGUUGAGACCAAGCAAGACUACAUGCCGGGCACACACUACUACAUGAAGACACUCACCGAGUCACACUACUGCACGCACACGGCGCAGGUUCCAUAUUACGUGACUGUGACACAGAACGUGUACAAAACAGUUCAAGAGCCACACUACGUCACAGAGACGAAGAUUGAGCAGCACUACGUCUCUGUCACGGAGGACGAGCCUCACUACGUGGCUCAGACUCAGUACGCCACUAAGGCAAACUAUGUCUACGUGACAGUGACAGAGACGCAACAUGGCUACGCCACCAUCACACACACCGUCAAGAAGCCCGAGUACAAGACCGUGUGCCCCAAGCCCAGCUAUGGCUCCCCUAAGCCCAGCUAUGGCGCGCCUCCCCAGCCCAGUUACGGUGCCCCUGCAGGCUACGGCAGCAUGGGUUACUAGCUCCUCUAAGAGAUACUCCUUAUCUACUGCGGGGAGACCAAAUCAGCGCGGCGGCUCCAGUCAAAUCCAAUGUCUCAACGAUUUUUACGAGUGAUAUCUUCUGCUGGACUUCCCAGCGUUACGAACGACAUUAAUUUUAUUAUGGAAGAUUACUAGAAAGUUUUGAGAUGUUGAACGUUUUUGUUCAAGAACGGCAAUGCCCAAGUAAGAAUAUUGGCAUCUCAUCUUCAGCAUUUGCCUAUUUUUGCUCAAUAGCGUUUGAAGAAUUUCAAAACAUUCUAGUAUUCUUCAGUUGUUACGCACACAAGUCACCCGAGGGUUAGCAGUCCCAUAGGUAUUUACAUGGAAAGUCAACUUAAGGGAGAUUUGUUUUUAAGUCAAACAACUUUUGUUCCUAAAGUUCGAUGUUUUCCUUCCUUCGAACGAAAAGUACAACGAAAAUAAUCUUAAGGCGGCGGUAGCGUACGACAGGUGUUUGGGCAGAGCAUCUGUUUCGAUUAAGGAGAAAUGUAAACUAUAAAAGGCAGCUUGUUGAAACUUGAUUGCAUUUCAGUCGAAGUAGAAAUUGUGUUGUUAGUAAGCUGUGUCAGAUGAUUUUGACCCGUUUUGUUAUACUAUGUUUGUUUCUGGACGUGAAGUUUAUCACCCUACCAAGAAUUCUCCUUUCUGCAAGGAAAGUUUACCUGAAUUUACGAAAUUGUAACAUAAUACGCCACAAACUUGAGCCAGUUUCGCAAAGAUAUUGAAAAUGUAGAUACCAAUAAUUAUUUAUAUCUUGCUGAUUCUCUCAUUGACACCAAUUCUGAAAAGUUAACUCGACUCUGGAUCAAAAGAAAUUUUAUUUAUAUAGGCAGCGUUUGGGCGAACGUUGUCUAUAGCAUUUCAUUUGAUCCCAAAAGUCGAUUCAUUUACAUUCACCCUUCAAAUGGGUUCCAGACAUUUUGAGUUUUUCGCUAAAAAUUUAUUUGUUCUUCAAAUUUGAAAAUAAGAACUUUAGAAUUUGAACUUUAUAAUAGUGAACUUUAAGCAGGAGCGUUUUUUCGCAAACUUCAACAUGAGAUGGCGAUAAGAAAAUUUUACAGAAAAACUAUUCUUACGUUUCUUUUGACCGUUGUAUGUAUCCAAAAAUGAAUUAUACGUUUUCUUUCAUUGAUUUUAGCUAUAAGUCUAGAGUUAUAUCUUAUUUUAAAUUGUCAACGUACUUUACAAAGGAUUUGCUUGCAAUUUGUUAUGUCAACUACUCCUAGCGAACAGUAAUUAUUGUAAACGCGUUUGGUUAUGAAUUAGAACCAAAAAUUUGUGUUGUGCAAAGUAUAUUCGCAACAAGUUUCACUUCAGUUGAAAACACAAUUUAGCGAUUGUUAUAUCAGGCAUGGCUCUAUUACUGACGAGUUUUCAGAGCUAUUGUAUUAUAUUGUUGUAAAUACUUUUUGAGAUUGAAUGUAUGGGAGUGUGUUUGAGUGCGCGAGUGUAAACCUAGACCGUUUUCCGCGGCCGUCAUUCACCCUCGUAAAGCAUGAGUUAAAAUUCUGUUAGUUCUUCCGUGUUGAAUCAAUUAAUGAAAUAACCCGAUGUUUCACUGCCCCUAGUGUUUUAUGCAUAUCAUAGAAAUUGAUAUUAAACAAUUAAAUGGGAUAUCAAAUCCGAAUAUUUAUUUGUAUCAGCUGCAGAGUUAAUAGAAGUUAGGGUCAAUUUUAGAAUGCCCUACUGAAAUUUGGCUAUGCAAUUUUAAAAUUGAAUGCUGACUUAUGACGAUAAUGACAACAAAAAAUUUUAAUAUAGCGUCCAAAAUUUAGUAAUAUAGUAAUCCAGUCAUUCCCAUAAUUCUCCCGUCGCCAGUUGACAUAAUGUUUUAAAUUAUUGAGCAGAUGAUGUUGAAUGAAUGCGCCGCAUGUUCAGUUAUGUUAUUGUUUCGCGAUUAUUUCUUCUCUGGCGAGUCUUAGUUGUGUCGAGUUGCGACCUUUUUUGCAUUAAAUAUUAUUGUCGUUAAAAACUAUUUCAAAGCGUAUGAAGCUAUUUGAACUUUGAUAAAAGUUAAAUGGUUUCAGCCAACAAAAUUUUGCACAACAAAUUCAAUUAUCAAUUUAAGAUUUGAAUGGAUUAUUUCUCAUGUUUUAGUUCACUAAAUAAUAGUUAAGCAGCCUCGCAAAUGCUUUAUGACUUCUUUCGUUAUUGCAUGAAUCAAUUAAUUGUACAUGAAUGGAUCAACUGCGGUCCUUGAUGUUAAACCAAUAAAAUACUACAACUUA